UGCAUUAAUUAAACGCGUUUUAAACAGAAACGCUGGUCAAGUUUAGUCAGGGGCAAUUAAUUAAUUGCACAGAUCUCGCACAAGCGAAAGCAACAACAGCAAACACACACAAAAUAUGGCUGCUUCAAUGAGGGCGCUGCUUAAAGUGCGAGAUGGCUUCACUGCCAGCGUACGCUGUGGCUCGCAAUACAACAAGACGCGUGGAAACCUGAAGCUCAACGGCGACUCGCGCGUCAUCUGCCAGGGCUUCACCGGCAAACAGGGCACCUUUCACAGCCAGCAGGCGCUGGAGUAUGGCACCAAGCUCGUUGGCGGCAUUUCGCCCAAAAAGGGCGGCACUCAACAUUUGGGUCUGCCCGUCUUUGCAUCCGUUGCCGAGGCCAAAAAGGCAACCGAUCCUCAUGCCACUGUCAUUUAUGUGCCACCACCUGGCGCUGCUGCUGCCAUUAUUGAAGCGCUCGAAGCGGAAAUUCCGUUGAUUGUAUGCAUCACGGAGGGCGUGCCCCAGCACGAUAUGGUCAAGGUGAAGCAUGCGCUGAUCAGCCAGGACAAGUCACGCCUGGUGGGACCAAACUGCCCCGGCAUCAUUGCACCCGAACAGUGCAAAAUCGGCAUUAUGCCCGGCCAUAUACACAAGCGAGGCAAGAUCGGCGUCGUUUCGCGAUCUGGCACCCUGACCUAUGAGGCCGUGCAUCAGACCACCGAGGUGGGUCUUGGCCAGACCCUGUGCGUGGGCAUUGGCGGUGAUCCGUUCAACGGCACAGAUUUCAUCGAUUGCCUGGAUGUGUUCAUCAAGGAUCCGGAAACCAAGGGCAUCAUUCUCAUUGGUGAGAUCGGUGGUGUUGCCGAGGAGAAGGCCGCCGAUUACUUGACUGAGUUCAAUACGGGUAUCAAGGCUAAGCCUGUGGUGUCGUUCAUUGCUGGCGUCUCGGCACCUCCCGGUCGUCGCAUGGGUCACGCUGGUGCCAUCAUCUCUGGCGGCAAGGGCGGAGCCAACGAUAAGAUUGCUGCCUUGGAGAAGGCUGGAGUCAUUGUUACCAGAAGUCCUGCCAAAAUGGGUUACGAGCUGUACAAGGAGAUGAAGCGAUUGGAGUUAGUUUAGUUUAAGUCAAUCAAAUUGAACAAGAAUCGUGACAAAGCCGAGGUACCAAAAGUACGACUCUGAAGAGAAUUAUGCGAAGCAAGAAAGAUUAUUAACUAAUUAAGUAAAAAGUGAAUAUACCAACCAACCUAAUAUGAAAAUAUGUCGAAAUCCUAAAUAAAUUAUUGUGAAAUUCUCUAAUAUGAAACAAAAACAGAGGACUGAAUGUUAUAUUCCACAAAAUGAAUUUAAUCUAAGCAACUGCCGUCGUACCACCUGUUAUAAUUAACAAGCAAAAAUUUAAAGUAUUCAGCACCGCGCACUUGAAAACAUUAAUAUUCUGCUGUUGCUCUCACGUUAAAGGCACCGGCUUUGUUUUGCCUUAUUUCGAAUAACCUUUAGAUAUUUUUUUUGCAAAUCAAAAGUUCUAGCUCGAAAUAAAUGUAAUAAACAUUAAA